UAAAUCACGCUUCCUGCCCAGGUAAACCAGCCGCAGCUCCAUAUCUUAUAUAUAUAAGAGGACAGCAGAAUCGUAUUUUUUCAGCUCUAAUUUUAGAGACCCGAUAACCCGAGGUAGGGUGAGGUGGGAUGGAGGGAGAGAGCAAAACGGACCAACAACGACAGGAGUUUCCACUGUGUUGUCAAUCAAGACGUUGACAUGGAAAGUGUCGCUUGCCUUCACGGCCCUCCAAGGUGCACGGAAAAAUUGGACUUUGAAAGACGAAUAUACAUCUACAGUAUAUGAAAGAAGUCUGCCAUCCUCCCCAUAUUUCAGGCUCCCACCGGAAGAAAAACAUCGGAGCAUCGGUGGUCUCCCUCAACGAUCAUCAUGCUGCUGCAGUCCAAGAUUUUGGCUUGGUAUGUUACCAUCAGCAUCCUUGUCGUCAUAAUGACCAUCCUGCAAAUCGUGGUCUGCCUUCCUGUUUCUUGCAGACUCAAGUUUCUCGCCCACGACAAUGCUCAACGUUCAGAUACCACUUUCAUCCAAAAAGGUUCAUAUACCACUAAAACAAGCAGAUUGUCUGGCGAUGAACAUUGGAGAAGAAAUAAGCUUGUGGUAGUGUAUGGUGUUAGUGCUCUUGGCUCUAGACCACCACGGUGUUUGAACAAGUGUGGGGAAUGCAGGCCAUGUGACGCCUUCCAAGUACCUGCACCAGGAACAGUGCUGCAGUACUCAAACUACGAGCCUGAGGAGUGGAAAUGCAAAUGUGGUGCUAAUGUUUUCGAUCCGUAGAAUCAUAU